ACUGGUACCCCUGCCUUCUCUUCACUGCCUUGAGGAAGAAGAAAAGAAAACUCAAUAAAACUCGACAAAACCGAAUCAUUUUCACAGAGAAUAGGAAAAAAAAACCUCUAAGCACAGAGAAAUAGAGAGAGAAACGGCGACGUAAAAAGGAUGUUUCGGAAUCAAUACGAUACGGACGUGACGACAUGGAGUCCGGCGGGGAGGCUUUUCCAGGUGGAGUACGCGAUGGAGGCGGUGAAGCAAGGGUCGGCGGCCAUUGGGCUCCGAUCCAAGACCCAUGUUGUCCUGGCCUGCGUUAACAAGGCCAACUCCGAGCUCUCCUCCCACCAGAAGAAGAUCUUCAAGGUCGACGAUCACAUCGGCGUCGCCAUUGCCGGACUCACCGCCGACGGCCGUGUCCUAUCCCGCUACAUGAGAUCAGAGUGCAUUAACCAUAGUUUCAACUACGAGUCGCCGCUCCCGGUGGGUAGACUCGUAGUUCAGCUUGCCGAUAAGGCCCAGGUUUGCACACAACGCUCAUGGAAACGGCCCUUUGGUGUUGGUCUGCUGGUAGGUGGUUUAGACGAAUCUGGAGCUCACCUUUAUUACAACUGCCCAAGCGGUAACUACUUUGAGUACCAGGCUUUCGCCAUUGGGUCCCGUUCACAAGCUGCAAAGACCUACUUGGAACGCAGGUUUGAGAACUUCACAGACUCUUCACGUGAAGAUCUCAUCAGAGAUGCACUUAUUGCAACAAGGGAAACUUUGCAGGGAGAGAAGCUCAGGAGCUCCAUAUGCACAAUUUCUGUACUGGGAGUUGGAGAGCCAUUCCAUAUAUUGGAUCAGGAAACUGUACAGAAAUUGAUUGAUACAUUUGAGCUUGUGGCAGAGGAAGAGGGUCCGAAUGCGGAACCUGAUGCUGAUGCUGGUGAGGGUGUUGCACCAGAUCAAGGCGAUGUUCCUGACCAGAGUGCUGCCGCUGAUCAAGGUGUGGCUCCAAUGGAUUUGUGAGGAUGCAAGAUUCAAGAACCAGCCAUCGUCUACUUUGUCUUCAGCCAAGGUUUUCUGGCAAUUUGUAUGCAGAAACAACAUAAAAAUUUGGAUGGCACCAUGGAAAACCUUCUCUUGUUUUUUCUCAGGCGUGCAAAUUUAUCUUUGCCUCAUAAUCAGUUCAAACACUUAAAUGGUAGCCCCUGGUGAACUUAGAUUUACAGUUUUCGUUUAUACUUCCAGACGUCAUGAACUUAUUGGUGAUAUUUAACUGGUUAUGUUUCCC